AUGUCGGAUUUGGGGAUACAAAACGACAAGCCUAUGGUUGAGGACCAGCACGAGAUUGAUCAUGACCGCGAGCAUGAUGAGCAGGAACAAGGAACUGAGAUGUCAGCGACCGAGGAGGAAGAAAUCACUGCCAUGAAGCGCCGUGUGGCAGAGAUGGAAGAGGAGGCUAAGAAGCUUCGCGAGAUGCAGGCGACCUUGGAGCAGCAGUCUGCGGAGCUUGCGGACGACAAGGAGUCAAUCGAUGCGCGCAGCAUUUUUGUCGGCAAUGUCGACUACUCCGCCUCCCCUGAGGAUAUUCAGGGUCAUUUCCAGAGCUGUGGUUCCAUCAACCGAGUCACCAUCCUGCUUGAUAAGUUUACUGGACAACCAAAGGGCUACGCCUACGUCGAGUUCACCGAGCCCAGCCUGGUCGCGCAAGCUCUCGUUCUUAACGAGAGCAUGUUCAAGGGCCGCAGCAUCAAGGUUACCCCAAAGCGCACCAAUGUUCCCGGCAUGAGCCGUGGUCGUGGUCGUGGCGGAUUCCGCGGUGGCCGAGGCAGCUUCCAGGGUCGAGGCGGCUUCCCUCGAGGAGGUGGUUAUCGUGGUGGCUACCGUGGUCGUGGACGAGGCUUUGCCCCCUACUAG